AUGGGAAUAAAGCAGGACAUCUCGAAGUCCGUUCAAUCGGUGACUUCAGGUCAUGAUUCACCGUUGCACAUGGCAAGCCCGGUGCAAAGCAUAGAGAGUAGAAUGUCUGACAUCAGAUCAGCACAGUCACGUAUUAGAGAUAUCGAUGCUAAAAAGGUUAAAGGUGAUGAGAAUCUUUUAGCCGAGAUUGGUUAUAAGCAAGAAUUGAGAAGAAGUUUCUCUACAUUCCAGGUUUUCGGUAUUGCGUACAGUAUUAUGGGACUUCUUCCUUCUAUUGCAUCCUUGACGGGAACGGGUCUAAGUUCUGGACCUGCUGGAUUUCUUUGGUCAUGGUUUAUAUCUGGUUGCUUCAUCAUGUGCUUGGGAGUUUCUAUGGCAGAGCUAGCCUCCGCAAUUCCAACUUCGGGUGGUUUAUAUUAUUGGACGUUCCAUUACGCUCCUUCCAAUUACAGGGUCUUGAUCUCAUACGUGAUUGGUCUUUCAAACUCUAUGGCCCUUUGCUCGGGUUUGGUUUCUAUUGCAUACGGUAAUUCCGAGGAAAUACUUGCUGCUAUAUUUUUAUCCAAAGACGGUGAUUUCGAUAUCACCACUGGAAAGACUUAUGGUAUAUUUGCAGCUUGUGUUGUUUCCCAGGCUAUAUGUACAUGUCUCUCUUCACGUAAUGUCGCCUUGUUGCAGAGUGUUUCUGCAAUUUCAAACACGGCAUUGAUUGUUCUUUUCUUCAUUGCUUUGCCAAUUGGUACAAAAUCCAACAGGGGAAGUUUCAACGAUGGAAGCUAUAUUUUUGGAGAGGUGGAUAAUAUGUCCGACUGGCCUAUUGGAUUCCAGUUUUGCUUGUCUAUGAUGACAGCAGUGUGGACCAUUGGUGCCUUCGAUUCGUGUGUCCAUAUGUCAGAAGAAGCAAAGAAUGCUAGUUUCGGUGUUCCUAUCGGUAUUAUGUCAUCCAUCAGUUUCUGUGUCGUUGUUGGAUGGUGCAUUAUUAUUUGCACAACCGCUUGCAUGAGUAAAGACAUAGCAACACUUUUGGAUACACCUUCUGGUUUCCCAAUGGCCCAAAUAAUCAAGGAUUCUCUUGGAAACAAGUGGGCAGUUGCCUUCAUGUCACUCAUGGCAGUUUGUCAAUGGCUUAUGGGUUCUUCAAUUUUGACUGCACUAUCACGUCAGGUUUGGGCCUUUGCCAGAGAUGAUGGUCUACCAUUUGCAUCUUUCGUCAAAGUUGUCAACAAGAAACUCAGAGUUCCUAUUAGGGCCGUCCUAUUUUCCACAUGUGUUGCCCUUCUUAUCGGUUGUUUAUGCUUGGCCGGAAGUGCAGCUUCUACUGCCUUGUUCUCUCUUGCAGUUUCCGGAAACUACGUUUCAUGGUGUACUCCAGUCUUCCUUAGACUUACUUCAGGAAAGAAAAUAUUUAAACCUGGUGCAUUCUUCCUUGGCCAUCGUUGGUCGCAAAUUAACGGCUGGAUUACUAUUGCCUGGGGAAUUUACAUUAUUGUUUUGUCAAUGUUCCCAAGCUCUGAGACGGUUGAUAAGACCACAAUGAAUUACACUGUCGUUAUAUCAUGCGGUGUUUGGAUUCUUUCUGCCGUCUAUUUCCUUGUUUACAAAUACAAGUUUUACCAUGGUCCUAAGGCCAAUAUUUCGCAAGACGAAUCCGACUCUUUGGCAGAUUCUGCCGAGGAAAUUCCAAUGAAUAUCGAUGGAAAGGUUGAAUAA